GGCGUCAACCAACAAGAGGUUCUACGGCGCAUCUUGAGUUGUCAGUAUAGUAUAACAUUGGUACGAACAGUACAUACAUACAGUGAGCGACCUUCUUUCCGCCGUCCUCGUCUUGGCGUGGCUAUUUGGAUCUAGGUCUUCACACACACGAACUUGUGUGUACAGAGAUGGAACAGUGUCCAAAUGGCAGCAGAGAGAGCACUAGAAACGACCAAAGACCAUCCUCCGAUAAAGUGAUUUAUAGCAACAGAUCUUAUCAACUUGCGAGGGGAGACAGUUGCAGAAUAGAAGGCCUCUAGGUUGGAGAAACACGUUUCAUCAACAUUACGAAGCGAUCGCCAUGUGGAAGCGCAUAUUUGGAACAUCUUUGUUGAUUGCCUCGAUUGCCAUCUAUUUUGAUUACACCAAGCCUGUGUACCGUUCGGUAAAGAAGAGACCUGAUAAGCAUUAUGAUUACAUCAUUGUGGGAGGUGGAACGGGUGGGAGCGUUUUAGCUUCCGAAUUGAGCUCUAAUCCCGCUAUCAAAGUUCUGCUUAUUGAGGCAGGUGGUCAUGAAUCGUGGAUCUCUAGGGUGCCUCUUUUGGCUCCAAUGCAGAUGAUUCUAGAUUCCACGUGGAACUAUCAAACUGUGCCACAAUCGCACUCACACGUGGGAUUUCAUGAUCAGGUUAGGAAUACGAAAAUUUCCACGGUCCCUCGUGGCAAGUUCGUGGGAGGUACAGGAAACAUGAACUUUUAUAUUCACAAUGUGUCGUCAAUAGAAGUUCAUCCCAAACUGGUCUCUGCCCUCGAGACCUCUCGUCAAAGCCCACUUUUGACGUCGUUCAUAGCGAGUAACGACUCAAGGGGAAUCUUUUCAACCAUGUCCAAUCUUCAAAAGAAUGGCCAACGUUUGAGCAUGGCGGAUAUUUUUCUCAAGCCAGCCAUGAAUCGUGACAAUCUUCACGUCAUGUUGUACUCGGAGGUUCUGAAGCUCUAUUUCAAAGACAACCGAGUUGAGAUUGUCGAAUUUCGUAGGAAAACGAACCACUUCAAUGUAACUACGUUGGAUGGAACUCAAGUUGUUCUUUGCGGAGGAAGCAUCAACACUCCUUUGUUGUUGCUGAAUUCCGGGAUCGGGCCGAAAUCGGUCCUUCGAGCUCAAAAGGUUUCGAUAGUGAAAGAUCUGCCUGUGGGUCAAGGGCUAAGUGAUCAUGUGUCCAUGCCGUUAUAUUUUCACGUCAACCAAUCUAAAUGGCAAGACUCAGUGAACUUAGCCAAGUUGCUCAACCCCAAGCAUAUGUGGGAAUACUGGACUCAAGGCACAGGUUUAUGGUCAUCCACCCACAUUCUGGGCCAAGCUUUGUUCCCUUCGGACGGAACGAUGAUUUUACUCUACGCAAUGGGAGCUCCCAAUAUUGACGCGUUUACGUAUGUGUCCAAUAUGAAAAGGGACACAUUUAAUGUACUUUUUCCGGAACAUACUGACCCUUUCAAAGAGGGCUUCAUCAUGUUGGCCAUCUGUUUGAAAGUGAAGGCUGUUGGUUCCAUAAAGCUUGGUCCGAGGUCUGUUACAGGAGGAUUUGAACCCUUGAUUGAUCCCAAUUUUCUAAGCCAACCAGCAGAUUUGGAUUGCCUCCAAAAAGCUGUGCGUUCCGGGGUAAAAAUUGGAAAUUCGAUGAGUCAAGUGGAGGCGAGAUAUCAUCUCCCUAAAUUCCCCGAAUGUGAUCAGUUUCAAGCCGAUAUUGGAAACGAUGAUUAUGUCAAAUGCAUGAUUCGGGUGGCUUCCAUGACAAUGUAUCAUCCCAUUGGAACAAUGGCUCACGAGGAUGUACUCAACGAGAAUUUAAGUGUCAAAGGACUCGAGAAUUUAUUCGUGGUCGAUGGGAGCGCCAUUGGUUCUUUGCCGAGCCGAUUUCCAAACGAGGCCAUUAUUCAUUUGGCUUUAAAAUUUGCCGAGCAACGCAAAGAAGAAAAAGGGUUCACACAAUGAAAUCGGUCAUUUAUUCCUUAUUGUCGUUUGGUCCGAAUUUUGAAUCUAAAUUUUCAACCU